CUAUUAAUCGAAACACUGAAUCCGCUGUUGCACUUUCGUUAGGCGUUGUUCCUUUUUGUCAAGUUGUUUUAGGUCGUAAUGGCCCCACAGCCGGUGGUUACGGGUCUGUCGCCCAAGGAGGGUCCUCCCGGCACGCGAGUUAUCAUACGUGGAGAGUUCCUGGGCACCCGUGUACAGGAUCUUAUCGGUCUUAAAAUCUGCGGCUCAGAUUGCCUUCUAUCAGCGGAAUGGAAAUCACCCAACAAAAUAAUAGCACGCACUGGCCCGGCUAAAGGUAAGGGUGAUAUCAUAGUGACAACCAAUAGUGGGGGCGUAGGCACCUCCACGGUGCAGUUUCGUGCCUACCACGAGACAAUUGGACCCCUCAAGGAAUCUGCAGUAUGGAUUGAGGAGUCGCCGUCACAGAAUUUUGCUUGGGGUAGGCGAACGCUAGCCCAAUCGGGCUUAACCCAAGAGGAUCCGUUGGGCUUGUCCAUUGAGGGCAAUGAGCAAAAGAUUCCCGAAGACCUACGCGAUUUGUUUCCCGAUGCCUGCGGUGAUUUGUCACAGGAGAACUUUUCACCCGCUUGGUUUCUGCUCGAGAAUCACUUGGCCACUUCGUUUAAUGACUUAAAGGCAGGUUUAGCUUAUCUUAAGCGCAAGGUGGAGAGUCAAAAGGAAGGUCAAUUGUCGUUUCUAAAAUCGAAUGCUGGGUCUGUCAUCGAUCAGCUGGAUACGCUGAUGAACAUCAGGGAUAAGCUGCAGGAAGAUGUCAAGCUACAUGGUAGCGAACCAUUAAAUAUACUCGAGAAGUCCAUUGAAAAUUCCAUCAGUGAAUCCCAGAAGAUCUUUACGGACGUGUUGGUGCGCAAGGAGAAAGCGGACUCCACACGUUCUGUACUCUUUGCACUAUCCCGUCACAAGUUUCUAUUCUGUCUGCCCAACGCAGUGGAUCGGCGUGCCAAGGCGGCCGAGUAUGACAUUGUUGUGAACGAUUACUCCCGAGCUAAGAAUUUGUUUGGAAAAACGGAGCUGCCUAUAUUUCGCAAGGUCCUGGAAGAGGUGGAUCAACGCAUUUUGCUGAUACGUCGCCAGUUGCACGAGAAAGUGGUGAAGAUGCCACAAAGUGUGGAGCAACAAAAGAAGCUGAUCAAGGCACUAACCAGCCUGGAGCUGCAGCAGAGCGGUACGCCUAUUGGAGAUCGGCUACGCAAUACAGAUCCCGCCUGGGAUGCCAUUGAGGCUCGGGCAAAGUAUCUGGAGGCAACGUUUCGUCAAACCUUUGAACAGCAUGUUAGUAAGGAUGCUGCAACGCAGGAAAAGUCCAAGAAUCGCGAUCCCAGCCAGUCGCCCAGUCGUGUCAAUUUCUGUGAGGAGCUCUGCGAUAUUGCUGCCUCCCAGGUGCCCGAUCUGUGGCGCCUUGGACAGUUGUAUUUCACGGGGGAGCUGAGGGGACCGCAUGACCCAAAGCCGGGUGACUUUAAGCGCAUGGUAUUGAAUGCCAUCGAAAAGUUCUGUGUCUAUCUGCGACUGGCCAUUCUCAUUGCCGCCGAUCAGCGUGCAUUGCGCCAGACCAGUGGCUUGGCCUGGCCCAUUGGUUCCUCAUCGGCCACGCAUCACUUUCUGCCUUGGGUACCGCAAUGCUUACGCUACACGAGGAUUGCGUACGCCACUUUGAUUGGACUUGAUCUGCCUUCAGAGGCACUUGACAUCAUACAGAAACUGAUUGAUGAGGUGCGUUUGUUUUGCUUUUCCAUCAUAUUCAAACGUGCCACAGAUCGUUGCAAGAAACUGGGCGCACAGGAGACCUGGGAGAUGGGUGUGGAGGAGUAUCCGGGAGCCACAUUACUGCCCGCUGCACUGGAGUCACUGCUGCUGGAAACACUUGACGAGGUCCAGUCGGUGUGCAUGCAGCCAGAGGCACGUGAGGGUAAUCUUCUGGAGCCACAUUCGGAUGGGCAGCGGGAGGUGACACAGCGGUUGCAGGAGCUGCUGUCCGCUUUUAGUGGCGUCAUUGCGGAGCUGGCCUUUGCAUCCCACGACGAUGAGACGCCCACGCAUAAUGUAUCCCAAUUGCUUGGCUUCCCCAAUGCCCAACAACCAGAGUCGGUGUCCGGCGUUGGCAGCUCCGCCGUCAAUUGGGAACAGCGGAUGCUCUGCUGCUUGGCCAACUAUGCGUAUUGCAACAAGGGCUUCUUUCACCACAUUGGAGACCUCUUCCUUCGCUAUGGUUAUCCACUGCCCACACUGGCUAUCGAAUCAGCGCGUUACAAUGUGAAUCAACUGUUCACUAACUUACUGGAGGAGUAUGUGGAGCACAAGGGUGAUCCACUGGUGGGCACUAUUGAGCCCUCCAUGUAUCUGGGUCGCUUUCAAUGGGAUCACGAGAUGGAAAUCGGACAGGGACAGCUUCGUCCUUAUGCUCACGAGUGCUGCGAUAAUUUAGUUGGUGUCUACUCCGAAAUCUACAGCAUUUCUCCUUCGCUGCUGCGUCCCAUACUCGAGUCCAUUGUGCAGACGAUAUCCGAGGAGUUGGCUCGUCUCAUGAGCUGCGUUCAACGAUUCAGCCACACGGGUGCGAUCCAGGCGCAUGUGGAUAUUCGGUUGCUACGCGAUGCACUCGAAAAUUAUACCAAUGAGACGGCCAAAAACUACUUUCUGGAGGCACUGGAGGCCAUUAGCCCGCCACUUAAUGGAGAACAGAAGCGCAAGGCGGAUGAAAUUCUGGAAUGUGUGAAGCGCAAUAUGCGGCUGCAGUUGCUCUGCUUUUCAGUCAAGGAUCCUUAGUGACAUUCCCUCAAUAUAUAUAUAUAUAUAUAUGUACUCCUGUAACCAUUGUCCACAAGAAGCUUUCAUAUAUCAUUACCAUUGCAAUUACUUCAGUAUUUCAAUGAUAAAUGUAAUUUUGGCCAAGCUAAUUGAACUGAAAGUCAUUUAUUUUUUUAUGCUUUGAUAUAUUGCUGAAGUAAUUGUGAAAGUUUAAAAUGUAUUUAAUUAUUGCAAGUAAUGAUUAACUGAAAGCAUAACUUAUCUCAAAGUUAUUAUAGUU